CUGAAAAAUAAAAGCUAAUCAUCUGUCUGUUUCAUGAGCUUCCUAAACAGCUUAAUGGCCUUGUUGAUGAAUUUUACUAUCAAGUGAAAAAAUAUAUAAAGAGUUUUUUGAGAGUCAGUUUUCACUGCCACCUUUUGGUGGGACCAAUGUAAGUGAUUUCAUUGCAGGUGUUGAUCCUGCUCAGUUGAGCUGAAGGAGCAUCAUCGAGAAGAACAACACAUCAAAAACAUUCAUCAAUAUGUGGGCUUUCAUCUUAUAUUUCAUCUGUGCGGAGGUGUGUGGAGAGGUUGAUGACAUUUUAACAGUGAAAGUGAAGGAGGGAGGUCUCCUCAAUCUGGAUCCAGGACUUCAUGAUCUAAACGGAGACGUUCAGAUACUGUGGAAGUUUGAAAGCGGCAGACAAAGUACUCGUGUCGCACAGAUGCAUCAAGGGAAAAUAUACACUCAUUAUGACAAGAGACUCACUGGCAGAGUAAAGCUGGAUCAAGAGACAGGGAUUUUAACCAUCACAGACAUCAGAACUAAUGAAUCUGGACUGUAUACUGCAUUAAUCGUCAUCAAUACACACAUCUCAGGACGGACAUAUAAAGUUGAUGUUUAUGCACCUGUCUCUGUACCUGCCAUCAGGAGCAGCUCAGCUCUGCACCGAUCUACAGGUACAUCAGAGGAAAUAUGCUCUGUGUUCUGCUCUGUGAGGAAUGAUCGAGACGUGUUCAUCUCGUGGUAUAAAGGGGGUGAAAUGGUGAAUCAGACCAGCAAUCCUGAUCUCAGCAUCAACCUCAGUUUACCAUUAGAGCUUCAUUAUAAUGAUCCAGAGAUCUACAGCUGCACGGCUGCAAAUCCAGUGAGCAACAAGAGCGUCAGUCUUCACAUGAACGAGAUCUGCCCACGACAUGAAGAUUGUCUGGAUCAUUGUGGCUUCACUGAAGCUCUGAUUCGACUGAUUUUGUCUGGUCUGGUUGGAAUCGCCACUGUUUUCUUUCUGGUUGAACAUAUGAGGAUCUGCUCAGUUCAGAGAAGAGCUGCUGCUGCUGUGUGAUGAUGAUACUUUUGUGAGAUUUAGUGUAAUUGCCUUCUCUUGUUUCACUCUUAAAAAGAUUCUUUGGUUCUGUUGUUAUACCAGUUUCUAUCUAACAAAAACAACAAAUAAGCUCUGCAAUAUAUAUACAGUAUAUAUACACACACACACACACACACACACACACACUCUAUUAUAACAAAGAGGCUCUAUGUGAACUAUUGUAUAUAUACACAAAACACUUAAAAUGUUUUGUCCAAAAAUGUACAUAAUGUGGUAACAAUAAAUUAACUUGUAAAAUAUAUUUUUAUGUUGACUCAAUAUGAAUGAAUCAACAUGAAUACAUUAAGUUUAUAUAAUAAAUAGUUCUUUAACUCAUUGGUUAACCAGUGUUUAACUAGUAAUAGUGUGCAUACCAUUGCUGCACUUUUUUAUUUAAUUAUUACAAUUAGGGACACUAAUAUGAAUUUGAUCAUUUCUGAAUUAAGUGUUAAAUUGUGUUAAGUUACAGAAUGUAAAGUUAAAAUUGUUGGUAAUUAAAAAUAAAAUCUAAGUGUUUUAUUUAAUCUUUUAACUUCUUUGCUUGCUUCCAUCUUUAAAACAAGUGACACUCUUGCAUAACCAGUUUUAAUCUGUAAUGUAGGAUUGUGAAGAUAUUUCUUUGUAUGAAUUUUUUGUUUGGUAUCCAAAACCAGUAAAACCUGUUAACAGAAAGUCUUGUCUGGUACCCUAAAACUCUAUUAUAGUGUUAGUUCACCCAAAAAUGUCAUUCAACAC